ACCGAGCUGACUUCUGAGUUUUGGGGCAGGAUUUCAGGACCGUUAGCAUCGAAGCGCGACCCCCGCAAACGCUAAGAACUAGCAGCAGCCGUGUGUCCAUGGACCCUCUGUGCCGUCCGCGUAACGAAUGCCCAAAGCAUCCUUCCCUCGCCUCUCCCCGCACAAUGUACGAGACAAGAUUUGCUUAAAAAAAAAAAAAAAAAAAAAAAAACGUGCGGCGGGGAUUUUCCUCCGCCGGUAUUUUAUCGUGCCGGUGGGACGGAGGGGUGGGACCCCUCUCGUGGCUGUCAGCCGUACCGGCGGUGGCGGGGGACUGUCGCCUCCCCUGCUCGCCCCGCCCCGCCCCGUCCCGCCCCGUCCUGCCGAGCCUACUGACCGUGCCGGCAGCCGCGGCCGCACUCGCCACCGCCGCCACCAUGACGGACCGCUCCACCUUCGACACCAAUGUCAUCACCAUGACCCGCUUCGUGAUGGAGGAAGGCAGGCGGGCGAAGGGCACCGGGGAGUUCACGCAGCUCCUCAACUCGCUCUGCACGGCCAUCAAAGCCAUCUCCACCGCCGUCCGUAAAGCGGGCAUUGCCAACCUCUAUGGAAUUGCUGGGUCUACCAAUGUGACUGGAGAUCAAGUAAAAAAGCUGGAUAUUCUUUCCAAUGACCUGGUGAUUAACAUGCUCAAGUCAUCCUUCAGUACAUGUGUUAUUGUGUCUGAAGAAAACAAAGAUGCUGUGAUAGUAGAAACUGAAAAACAGGGUAAAUACAUAGUCUGCAUAGACCCUCUAGAUGGCUCGUCGAACAUUGACUGUCUUGUUUCCAUUGGGACCAUCUUUGCAAUUUAUAGAAAGGUGUCCCCUGAUGAACCUUCUGGGAAAGAUGCUUUACAGCCUGGACGCAAUCUUGUGGCAGCUGGCUAUGCACUCUAUGGGAGUGCCACCAUGCUGGUACUGGCCACUUCUGCUGGAGGUGUCAACUGUUUCAUGCUGGAUCCGGCAAUUGGAGAAUUCAUUUUGGUGGAAAGAGAUGUGAAAAUCAAAAAGAAGGGAAAUAUCUACAGUCUCAAUGAAGGCUAUGCUAAAUAUUUUGAUCCUGCCGUCACAGAGUAUCUCAAAAAGAAAAAAUUCCCUGAGGAUGGCAGUUCACCGUAUGGUGGGAGGUACAUAGGAUCUAUGGUGGCAGACGUGCAUCGCACACUGGUGUAUGGAGGAAUCUUCCUGUAUCCUGCAAACUCCAAAAGUCCCAAAGGAAAGCUGAGACUGCUCUAUGAAUGCAAUCCUAUGGCUUUUGUUAUUGAGAAGGCUGGGGGAAUAGCAACAACUGGUCAUCAAGCAGUGCUGGAUAUAGUGCCUGAGGAUAUCCACCAAAGAGUGCCUGUUGUUUUGGGGUCGCCUGAUGAUGUGAAGGAGUACCUUGAGAUAGUCAAGAAGCAUUCAGCUAAGUAAAGAAAGUUUGCUG